CGCUACCUUACUGCGUGCCUCUACCAGGUACUUCCUCCCAUCAAAACCAGUACAAUUUUAUCUCCAAACUUCUCAAAACAAACAGCCUACUUCUGUCUGGAGCUUUAAACACCAACCAGGAAGAUGAAAGUCAUCUCGAUCCUCCUCGUGGCCACCACCGCCCUCGCCUCCACCUGCAACAUCAGCGCUUUCCGCUGCCAGAACCGCAACCCCGUCUACGCCGGAAACAACACCUCAUUCACGGCUAGUAUUUGCAAGCAGCUGGACGGACAUCUCUGUGGCUGCGAUCGCUACGAUGGGGACUUCUGCCACCAGUGCAACACGGAGGAUUUCAAGCAUCUGUGCGUCAAACCCGGCCAGGGUUGGUUCUGGACUCAGUGCUAGAUAACGACGAAAAACUAUCCUGGCAGACGAUGUCUGACACGUUUAAAUUUGUUUGUUUUCUUCGAGGUUAUUGUUGGUCGUUUCAUGAGCUGCGUAAUUGGAUGGAUGGAGAAGAGCCAUGGGGAUGUUUGAAGCUUUGAUAUCCUGUUCUGUGUUGCGAGGAUGACUGCCAGAUAGUGC